AUGCUGUACGAUUUAUGAGUUACGAUGACUGUUGCACAGACUUGAAAAGCAUACGACAUGCUGAUUAUCCUCUUUAUCCUCUCGCCGCCACGUUAACCGCAUCGAUUCAACUGUCGCCUGAAGCCAUCCUGCUGGAAAAGGGGCGCAGUGACGACAUCCACGAUCUAAUCUAUAUACCGGCGUUCGCGUCUCUCUAUACUCACCGCUAUCUAAUAUUAAUAUUUCUUCCUGGUUGCUUCGCGUCCUUGCUCGUACCGGCGACUUAUCUCCUUCAGCCUCGUAAGGCGUCAUCGAUCCAAGGCCCAAACAUAUAUCGACAUAACCUUCGCCGCCGUCAUGCGCAAACAAUUUAAGCGAUAUCUACUCGCUGCAUUGGCAUUUUCGUUUAUACUGGCCCUUUACUUCCGUGAUUCAUGGUAUAAUGCCUCGGGUGAUAGGGCUAUUGCCCAGAUGCACCUCUCUAUGAAACAACCUCCUCCGACAGAUCCGACUAGCACGCCCCGCGCAAAUGCCGCGCUUAUUUCCCUUGUCCGCAACUCGGAGCUCAAAGGCAUAAUUUCGUCGAUGCGAUAUAUGGAAAAAUCGUUUAAUUCCAAGUUCAAUUAUCCAUGGGUCUUUUUCAAUGAUGUUCCUUUUACUCAGGAAUUUAUAGAUAAGACGCAGGCGGAAACCAAUGCGCCAUGUACAUAUGAGCUUAUACCCAGGGAACAUUGGGACGUUCCCGAAUGGAUUGAUCAGUCCCGGAUGGAAAAAGCGUUUAAAGAAAUGGACAGCAACGGUGUCAAGCAUGCAUCGCAGUUGAGUUACCACAAAAUGUGCCGAUGGUACUCUGGCUUCUUCUUUCGACACCCUGCAUUGGAUAAGUAUAAAUACUACUGGCGCGUUGAGCCUGAUGUGAAGUAUUUCUGCGACAUCGAGUACGACGUUUUUCAGUUCAUGGCGCAAAAUAAUAAAACCUACGGCUUUACUAUCAAUAUUUACGACGACCCCAAAACUAUACCCACUCUCUGGCCGGCAACAACGGCUUUUCUCGAUGAACACCCAGGUUACGCCCUCGGUUCGGAUGAAAACUCCUAUCACUGGCUUACGGAUUCCGUAGCCCGACCCGGCCAUACAAAAGCAGCCAAUGGCUACAGUACUUGUCAUUUCUGGAGCAAUUUUGAAAUUGGCGAUUUGGAUUUCUGGCGCUCCAAAACAUAUACAGAGUACUUUGAGUAUCUCGAUAAAACGGGUAACUUUUUCUACGAACGCUGGGGUGACGCACCCGUCCACAGUGUCGCACUUGGUCUGUUUGCUGCCAAUGAACAGAUUCAUUGGUUCCGCGAUAUAGGCUACCAGCACAGCGUCUUCAGCAACUGCCCCAAGAGCGACCAAUGUCACGGGUGUCAAGCUAAUAAACUGACACCUAUCACAUACUGGUUGAACAGCGAGGAUUGUCGCGUCAACUGGUUUAAGCAGGUUUGCGAAAGUAGUCGCAACAGAGGGAUUGUGAAUGAGGAAAUAUGUGGCUUGCAUAAAUCUGGACAUACUUUUUGAAGGUUAAGUAAAAUUUAGGGUCGGCUGUUUUCUUGGAGAUCGAAUCUUUUGUGAUGUGAUUGAUGUUUGACUAUGUGUGCUAAUCCCGCAUUGAUUUUUGUUUAUGUAUAUUGAGAUACCAUGCCAUGUAUAUAGUUACCCCGGUAAUUGGGCUCUGGGUACCAACGUAUACGACGAGACGACGACCUACC